AUGCUGAAGCUGGGUCUCAUAUAUGCUUUUCUGAUGAGGCAGGGGAUGCUGGUCCUACACACACUACAGGCCAUAGUGUACCCACAACCUGCAACCAGCAGACACAGCCCUCAUCGCAUGAUACAAUCCAGCCUCAACAACCUAAAUGGCUACAGUUUUCGCAUGUGGAGAUCAGAAAUACACAGUCUCCAAAAACUGUGUGUUCCCGUGGAAGCUGAUGAAGAAACAGCAGGCAUCAAACGAGGAAUUACCCACUCCAGCUCCCAUGAGUAUGGGCCAUGGCGAUUGAAUGGAACUACUCUAUCGAUUGAUAUCCGCAAGGCUGGGUGUAUCCCAGUGACGGUGGGAUAUUCUACUUACCAGGUGGUUGACGGUCGUCUUUUCCAAACUAUUACACUGGAUCAAGGUGAUAUUAGCAUCCCAGUGAUAAUUGAGGGGGUGAAACCGCACGGCCGCCGCAUGACGAAAGCCAUAAAGUCUGACGAUGUUGCUGCUAGUCCUAGCGCUCCUCAUUGCCGUCCUCUUUCGCUGAAACAGAAACGGCGUCUCGUGGGACUGAGAGAAGGACAUAUAUGGAACGACAUUGCCGGCCGGUUCCCUGGAAGAAAGAAAGGUACGCUACAGCGGAUCUAUUAUGCCGAGCUGAAACGUUUUGGAAACCAAAUUUCCGAGGCCCACCUGCGCUCCAAGCGCCGUCCAUUUGCGGCUGAUGACCGGGCCAGGUCACCAGAGACAGGCAACGUUCCUCUUCCUGCAGAAAAACCAGCGGGAUGCCAGCGGUACUCCCUUCGAGCUAGGCGUGCUACUCAACCCUGA